GAUCGGGAUUCAUUGAAAAGAUGCCGGACCAAGAGUUUGACCAUGAGAGGGAUCUCCUCGCGUUUAAAGACUGGCUUGUGAAGCAGCCCCAUCUACCUCAUGAAGUCGACGAGAUCCUGCUCCGCCGUUUCCUACACAGCUGCCGCUACAGCAUCGAGCGGGCGAAGCGCACUCUCGACCUAUUCUUCACCAUCCGCUCCAAUGCCCCUGAGCUGUUCUGUAAGAGAGACCCAUGGGCACCAGAGAUAAGACGCGUCUUUGAAAUCACAGACCUGUUGCCUCUUCCCAACAAGACAAAAGAAAACCACCGGAUUUUCAUCUACCGCCUCAACAACCCCGACCUGGACCUGUUCACAUUCGUGGACGCCGUGAAGACUUUCUUCAUGCUGGCUGACACCAGGCUGACGGAAGACGAUGAUAUCCCGGCUGGAGAGAUACCCAUAUUCGACGCCGCCAACGUUUCCUUGAAGUUCAUCGGCAAAGUGAACUUGUCUGUGCUACGGAAAUAUAUGAUGUAUACACAGGAAGCAAUGCCCAUCAGACUGAAGCAGGUCCAUGUGAUCAACGCGCCGUCCUACAUCAACAAGAUUCACGCCAUCUGCAAACCCUUCCUCAAGGCAGAGGUCGCUAAAUUGAUAAAGUUCCACGAACCAAAGUCAGAGACACUCUACAAGGACGUGCCACGAGAGCUCUUACCCGAAGAAUUUGGCGGUAACGCGGGCACCAUCGAGCAGAUCAAGAGGCACUGGAUCAAAAAGAUUGAGGCCAAGAGAGAUUGGUUCCUGACUAACGACCAGCGGUGGGCGGUGGAUGAAUCCUCAAGACCAUCAAGCUGCAAGGAGAACGCAGACAAAGUCAAAGACUUACCUGGCUCCUUCAGGACGUUAGCUUUAGAUUGAUUUACCUUCCAAAUACCGGAUGAUGGUAUAACUAAGUACUAUGUACUAGUAACUAUAGUACAAGUACAACCUAACAUGCAGUUCCGUGGUAUUCAGAUUUAGAGAUUGCAAAUUGCGAGCGUGUGUAAAAAUGCCUGAUUAAUAGAAUACAUUUUCAUAUAUUUUGUCUAAUUCUGGGUACAACUGUGACCCUAGUGAAUAAGGGUACAAGUAUCGGACAACGCAGUUGUAAAAGGACGUAAGUUCAAAGUAACACUUAUGCCCUUUUACACAUAAGCUGCGCGAGACUUGUACCCUUUUUCACUAGGGCCACAGCUAAAGUUAGAAUUUAAAUAUGUUGCAUAACAUGCGUGGGUGGUGACUGUCGUUCAUAUCCGAAGGGCUGUAUGUUUUGUUUUUCUCGUAAGAUACCUUUGUGCGUAAACAAAAGGCCAUAGUCAUAAUUUACACAUUGAUUAGUAACGUUUGUGUUUAUUUGAGCGUUUAAUUUAAAAUCUUAGGUAAUAGUUGAUAUUUUUUGACGUGAUUUUUUGGCUUAGCCCCCAAGAAGCAGGAAAUAGAUCUAAGAACUUGUCAAGGUGUAAAUAUAACGGGUAUAUAACGGUGUAUGUAUUUAGCGUGAUCAAAGCUUGGUUGGUUGUACCUAACUGUAACAUAAACUCAAUACAUAUUAUCACGUCGACUAUUGUCAUUAUCAUAAUUUAUCAAGAUGCGAGCAAUCGUUAGGGCACUUUUAAAUUUUAAAAACAAUAACAUCAUCUAGUUAUUUAGUCAGUUUAGUCUCGUCAAAACAACAUGGUACAGUCGCCAUCAGAUACAUAUUAGUUGAUAGUACAGUUUUUCUUGGUAUAACUUUAGAUUCUAAACUCCAGUGGGGUCCCCAUAUUGCUACUCUUUCGAAUAGACUGAGCUCUGCAGCUUUUGCAGAGAGCAAAAUCCGUCAGUUAACUGAUGUGAAAACAGCUCGAUUAGUAUAUUUUAGUUACUUCCAUAGCAUUAUGGCAUAUGGUAUUUUACUGUGGGGCGGUGCUUCAGAGAUAAAUACCAUUUUUGUUCUGCAGAAGAGGGCUAUUCGAGCAAUAUACUAAAUGAAUCAUAGAGACUCACUUAGAGAUAAAUUUAAGGAAAUUGACAUAAUGACAGUGCACUGUCAAUACAUUUAUGAGAAUAUUCUGUAUGUACAUAAAAAUAUUGUAAAUUUUAGGAAAAAUUGUGAAAUCCAUAAUAUUAAUACUAGAAAUAAACAUAAGUUCGCAGUGCCCUUCACUCGGCUCCAUAAAAUUAAAAAAAUCAUUCAUGGGUAAUUGUGUAAGAUUUUAUAAUAAACUUCCAAACCAUAUUACUGAAUUAUAUAUUAAUAAAUUUAAGAAUUAUGUAAAGCGUAAACUUAUUUCCAAAGCUUAUUAUACCACACAGGACUACAUGAAUGAUAAUACAACGUGGGAUUAAUUGCUAUUCGAAAUGAUUAUUUAUUAGGUAUAUUUGAUUAUUGAUGAGGAAAUUGAUAUUCCGAUGUAAUACUAUCUACUUGUUUGUUACUUAUGCUUUUUUUGACAUUCAGAUUUUAUUCUAGAAAUUCUAGACUAGUAUUUUUUUAUACAAUUUUUUUUUUAAUGUUUGACGAUCCUUUUGUGAAAUUCUUAGUGUUAAAUUUGACAUGUAUAAUAAUCCAAUUUUAUUAUGGAAUAAUAUUAACAUCAAUAAAUUGCUCUGAUAAUUAGAUUAAGAUUAAUUACGAUUCAUAAGAGCUUGUUGCUAGGCCUACAUGAAUAAAGUAUAUUUUUAUUUUUUUUUAUUUUGAUUUUAUUAUCGGAGCGGUGAAGGUGCUCACACAAGGCGUUAGAGUGCUUGUUUAAAUAAUUUUGAGCACCUCGGCCGUUCCGAUAUAUCUGAUGACGAUUGUACAUCAAGUAAUUAUUAAGUUUUAGUAUUAUAUUUGGUUAUUUUUAUAUUAUAUUGCUAAUUGUUAUUGUUUAAGCAUAUUUUUUAUAUUAUUUUGAUAGGAAUAGGGUGCAAAUAAAACAAUUUUUAAUUUA